AUAAUAAAGUUGGUGAUGUGUUGUCUACUGUUCAUCUACUAGGAGUAAUCGUUUUUUGUAAAAUACAAAAUAUGUAUUUCUAUCAACUGAAAUUGUUUUAUAUUAAUGUGUUUUAAUGUUGAGUUAAUAUUAAAUUUAUUUAAUUACAUGACAUUGAUGGUUUUUCACAGCUCUCUUGCACCUUUACCUGAUACUGGCCAACCAACUCUGUUAUGAUCUUAUUUAAGUAGGAGGUUUUUGUAAAUUAUAAUUUUUUAAUCAUGUUUCGUAGCAAAUUUCGUCUUCAAACUUGUAAAAUAGUCAUAGCUACGUCAUUAUUAUGGAUUUUCAUCGAUAUUAUAAUACUAAUGUAUUAUCCAGAAUGCAUUGGUCCUAACUGUAAAUCAAAAAAUAAUCCAGAUGAAUCAAUUGAAGUAACACCUCUAGCUAGAAUGGGCUGGGGUCCAAUGCAAAACAAUAUGCUUGAUCGUUUUAAACACCAUAGUGAUAACUCAACUUAUCCAUCACAUACAUUGAAACACUGGAAACCUAUGCCUCCAGUACGUGAAAAACAUGGGAGACAUGGUGAAGCAGGAAGAGGAGUUACAAUGAGACCAGAACAAGAAGUCAUAAUGAAACAGAAAUUUAAAGAAAAUCAAUUUAAUAUUAUGGCUAGUGAUAUGAUUUCAUUGAAUCGAUCCUUGCAAGAUGUUCGUCAACCAGAUUGUAAAACAAAAAUAUAUCCUAAGCUUAUGCCUACAACUUCAAUUGUCAUAGUUUUUCAUAAUGAAGCGUGGUCUACAUUAAUAAGAACAGUUUGGAGUGUCAUUAAUAGAUCACCACGUUCUUUAUUAAAAGAAAUAAUUCUAGUUGAUGAUGCUAGUGAAAGAGACUUUUUGGGAAAAAAACUGGAAGAUUAUGUAACUACUUUGCCUGUUAAAACAAAAGUACUAAGAACUGAAAAACGUUCAGGAUUAAUCAGAGCUCGUUUAUUAGGAGCUAAACAUGUUAAAGGCCAAGUAAUAACAUUUUUAGAUGCACAUUGUGAAUGUGCUGAUGGGUGGUUAGAACCAUUAUUAGCUAGAAUAGUUGUAAAUAGAAAAACUGUUGUUUGCCCUGUUAUUGAUGUAAUUUCUGAUGAUAAUUUUGAGUAUGUCACUGCUUCUGACAUGACUUGGGGAGGAUUUAAUUGGAAAUUGAAUUUCAGAUGGUAUCGUGUUCCUCAGAGAGAAAUGUUGCGCCGUAAUAAUGACCGUACGGAACCCUUAAGAACACCUACAAUGGCUGGUGGAUUAUUUUCUAUUGAUAAAGAAUAUUUUUAUGAGUUAGGUUCUUAUGAUGAAGGAAUGGAUAUUUGGGGAGGAGAAAAUCUUGAAAUGUCUUUCCGUAUUUGGAUGUGUGGUGGAACCCUGGAAAUAUUGCCAUGUUCUCAUGUUGGCCAUGUUUUUCGAAAAUCCACUCCAUAUACAUUUCCCGGUGGUACAUCACAUAUUGUCAACCACAACAAUGCGCGCCUUGCUGAAGUUUGGAUGGAUGAAUGGAAAUAUUUUUACUACGCUAUUAAUCCAGGUGCAUCAAAUGUUGAAGUAGGGGAUGUGUCUGAACGUUUAGCAUUAAGAGAAAAAUUGAAGUGUAAAUCAUUUCGUUGGUAUUUAGAAAAUAUUUAUCCAGAAUCACAAAUGCCGUUAGAGUACUAUUACCUAGGAGAGAUAAGGAAUGUUGAUACACAACAAUGUUUGGACACUAUGUCACGUAAGAGUGGUGAGAAAGUAGGCAUGAGUUAUUGUCAUGGUCUUGGAGGAAAUCAAGUUUUUGCAUACACAAAACGCUCACAAAUUAUGUCUGAUGAUAACUGUCUAGAUUCAGCUAAUACCUCAGGUCCUGUUAAUCUUAUAAGAUGUCAUGGUUUAGAAGGUAAUCAAGCUUGGGUAUAUGAUGAACAGGCUUUGACAAUUAAACAUAAAACAACAGAACAAUGUCUAGAACAUUCCAUGACUUCUGAUCAAUAUACUGCCAUAUUAAAUGAAUGUGAUGGAUCACGUAGUCAACAAUGGACAAUGAAGAGUAAUUUUCAUUGGCAAGCAGCCAGCUCAAGUUAAUGUAAAAUUUAGUUAUGUUACAAGUGUUAUUAAUUAUUUGUUUAUAAAUUUAUUUAAAUAUUUUUAUGGGAUCAAAAAAUUUUUUUAUCUGAACAAAAAAAUCUACUUAAAUAAAAUAAUGCAUCACCUA